AUGCCCCCACCACACCUCCACCCGCGCUCGCGCAUGACCUCCUCCCUCUUCGCCACCACCGUCCUCGCCAGCUUCCUCGUCGUCGCCCUGCCGCACAUCCUGCCCUGUCCCGCGCCGCGCCGCGCGUAUGCCGACGGCGGCGACAUGGCUAUGCAAGAACAACAGCAAGAAAACACUAGGGUGGUGAGGCGGGCAUCCCUUUACAUCAAACGACUCCUCCAAGACCACGUCAUGAACGGCCGGCUCACGGUACCGAGGAUAUCCGACGAAGGAUAA